CUGCUCGGUUACACGCUUUCAUUUCCAGCACAUCGCGAUUUCGGCCAUUUCUACGGAAGCAGUUAUAUUGCCGCCCCUGAUGGAAGUCGAACACCUGGUUUAUCACGUACUAGAGAUGGAGUACUUGUCGUAGAGCUUGACCUCAAUCUUUGCCGACAAACUAAGGACAGCUGGGGCUUCAGGAUGACGAACAGGCUGGAUCUAUACGCAGAUAGUUUCACGAAGGCUGCUCAACCUUACUACAAACCCGAUAUUCGAAAGGAAACCUAA